UCAGAAUAAGAAAAUAUGAUCAUAAGUUUUUAUAAAUUGAAUUGGGAGGACAUAUCUCUAGUUGGAAUCACAAUAUAUUUUGUUCUGACUGUGCUCAUAUUGGCAAUAUUGAUAUUAUCAAAUCAAUUCAAACAUGCCAGUUUUAACAAGCAAACUUUCGGAUUCGAAAAUGAAUAUGAGAAUACAUCAUCGCUCUUCGAAACAACUGUUAUUCGUCUUAUGAUAUGUUGGAUAUAUUCGAUUUCUAUAGCAUUUCUGGCAUUUUCUCGUUUACAAUGUGGUACAGAUGAAAUCUUAACUCCGGAGAUGUGUUCUGUCGCUUUGCAAAUAUUCUUUGCUAUUGAAAUGCAUUUGAUUGUAGCAGAACAAUUUUUGCAUCGUUACAGUAUAAUGAGGGAGACACGAAACAUUUGCAAACAUGUUCUGCUGAAGUUUACGGCAUUUUCUAUAGUUUUACCCACGGCUAUGAUUCUUCUUAUGUUUUGCAUUCUUGGCAAGACUGGAUUUGUCCCAGUUGCAUCUGAAUCAUUGGUUGUACAUGAUAAUAAUUCACAAAUGACAUGUUGGAUCGAGUGGAAUGCAACGUCGGUACAAAUUUCAUCUUCAAUAGCAGGCAUUGCUGCGAUCAUCAGCUCAGUAAUAGCUUUGAUGAAUGUUGCAAACUUGUUGAGAAUGGAACUACGGGGAAUCCAGGUGUCAUUCAGAUGUUGGUGGGGCAUUGCUACUCGAAUCGUUUUCAUGGUAAUUACAAUUGCCAAGUGGGCGUCCAUAGUUUUUCAUACAUCUUGCCCGGGAAAUGUAUACAACACCAUUGCCACAAUAUUUGUUUCUCCGAUUUUAAUGGCGAUCAUGUUCACCAGAUCGAAAACCUGCAGUCGAAAGAGAAGAAAUAACGUAAGCGCUAUUAGACUACGGCGAAGGCUUGCCGACGACUUUGAGUUAGACGUAAUCGAAUUAAGUGAGCCACAAGAAACCGAACCCAUGUUGCAACAUGACGUAAUUAAUGGUGAUGUCACUCGCCACGUGACUCACGGAAAUAUCGGACUCUAUACUGUUCAGAAUACGAUUGGAAACGGUCACCCAAUGAUGAUGCAUCGUCAUAAUGGAAUUUCAGGAGAAAAUGCCUUGUCAUGUGACUUCCAUGAUGAGGCUGCUUCAAAGACGUAUUUCACUAAGGGAAAUGGUGAACGACAAAGUGCUGAAGUCGACGAUGGAGUCAUCAGUAACGACGGGGACUACGAUAAUCACCGACAGAACUAUGAUGCCUUCGACGUUGAGGCGGAGGUGGCAAUGAAGGGUGGAUGCGAAGUGGGAAAGAGCAAAUCUGAAGGACCAAGACUGUCCCAUGCAGAAUCAACGGAUUCCGGGAUGGGAUUCAGCGACAACGUGAAAGAUGCCGAUAACUCGAGAUUAAGCGACGGUUACGGAACUAUUCAUAUGAUCGAGACAAAAGAAGAACCACAUAAUCGUAAAUCUCUUAUUGAUGGGGAUGCUGAAUACGACGAAGUUAUGGAGUUCAUUUCGACACCUACUGAAGCAAAUAUAGAUAUUCAGAACACAAUUAUGGAAGAGGACGACAUGAAUACUAGUGCUACUUCAAAUGAACCAAAUUCUAAAUACGCGGAACUCGAUUUAGCUAAAAUUCUUCAUACGCGACGACGACAUAAAAAGAUUAUGACAGCUGCAAAAAAACCUUCGCAAGAAGAAAAACCUCCAGAAGAAAGUAUGUUCAACAGUUUGAAAAGGAAAACGAAGUCGAAAAACUAUUCCUUCAGCAAUUACGCAACCUAUGCGCCUCGGGGUCGCAAAUCAUCUAAGCCAAUCAGCACAGACUCUUGGGCAUCAAGACCAUCAUCCACUUGCAACGAAGGUGACGACAUUUUGUCUCCUCUGUCAGACCGUAUUUCACAAUCAACAUCUCUUGAUCGAAGAUCGAAUUACACAAUUGUUGACAUUCCUUAUGGACCUAAUCAGUCGAUCACUCUUAAUACGAGGCGAAGCCAUCUCACUAGUGAUCUUAUGAUGACAUCUGACGUCAAUGACGAAGUCAUAACUCCUACAGCAACCAUGGACAGAAGCAUGAGCUGGCGAAACGAUCCCAAAAGUCCCCCAAUUGACACUGAAGAUCUCAAUACAAACAUUGGCAACAUGAGUAAUAGAUGGAGCUGGCUGAGCAACUCAUCCCAUGACCAAUCACAAAGUAAUGAUAAGACACCCACAUCCUCACCCUCAAAAAGCCCUUGGAAGAUUUUCCGGCGUCUCCUAGGAGGAGGAGAAACAAAGGACACAAAUCUAACAAGAUCCCGCAGUACAUCAAUAUUCCGACGAUUUUCGACGAAGAAAAGUCAUAAAUCUAACUCUUUUAACAAGCGGAGAAGUAGUGUUCCAUCAAAAAGUGAAUGGGACGUACAACUGCACGACGAAGAAGUUUCGAACUUGGAUACGUCAGUUCCAGUAUUGGAUGCUGGAAAGCAAAAACCAGUUGCGCCCAAAGGAAUCACAACACAAAAACCUCGCAAUAGAUUGAGCACCAGACUUAUGUCCUUCCGGGGAGGUAAAGGAAAACACUCAAAACAAUCGAAAAGUGAUCCAAUGUCCAAAGGACUUAGCAUUUCUUCGCCACAACUUGCACUUAAUGCUAUUGACCCGACGAGAAAUUAUUGUGAACAUCAACUGUUAAAUUUAUACGAUAUGAAAAUUAGUUCUGACAAAAGGUGAAGGAUUAUACUAAUAUAAACAUCCUAACAAUAGUUUUGAAUUGCCAAUCCUAUUCAAUAGUGCUGGUCUCAUCGUUGCUCACGAUAUCCUCAGUGCUAACGCGCGCAAAUUUAACAUCAUAUUUUGUCAUUGAGCAAGCAUGCCUUUAUUUAUUUAUUUCAAGAGUUUAUGUCAUUUAUCCAAAAAAGAUAACAUAACAUUGUUCAAUAGAUGGUCCGGAUUCAAAAUCUCCUCUCCCUCUCAGAACGAUUUAAUACCUGGUAGUUUCAUGGUGUUUAGAAGAGAGUGAAUUUAUCAGAAACAACCAUAUUCUAAACUAAUAAUGUCACAUAAAGAUGUGUCAAAAAAUACAAAAUGUUUUCGGAAAAUUCGGCCAAGUUAUUUUUACACACUCGGUAUCUGAUCACAUCUAGUCAACAUCCUUACAGACUAUCAUCUAUAUCUUGCCUACUAUAUUACAUUUUCAUCCUGGUGGAAUACCCAGCAUCUAUUAUUUCUUGUUUUUCUCAUUUUUAUUUUGUUCGUACGUUCCAUGUGUUGUUAUAUUAUGCUGUUGCAUAAAUCUUAAUGCUGAUUU